AUGUCUCGAGCAAAUAAACCUCAAGAGCUUUCUCUGUCAGAUGAAGAAAGGGACGAGUAUUAUGAAGGUACUGUAAGACUUAGGAACCCACACAUCGAACUAAUGGAUCAAGAUAUUUUGUAUCAUUUGGCUUUAGGCAGUGAAUCACACGAUUUGGUAGAAAUGUUUGGUGAUAUCAAGUUUGUAUGCAUGGGAGGAACACCAAAACGUAUGGAAACUUUCGCGCACUUCAUCAUGGAGCAGAUUGGUCACAAACUACCAACUGGUACUCAACUACAAGAUAUUAGUGAGUUCUCCUACCGUUACUCCAUGUACAAAGUCGGACCUGUGUUAGCCGUCAGUCAUGGCAUGGGUGUACCAUCAGUAGGAAUACUUUUGCACGAACUCAUAAAACUAAUGUACCACGCACGAGUUAAAGAUCCCGUUUUCUUCCGCAUUGGAACUUGUGGUGGUAUUGGAAUCGAUGGAGGCACUGUUGUCAUUUCUGAAGAAGCAGUUGAUGGAUUGAUGAGGAGCACAUAUGAAACGGCAGUUUUAGGUAAAAUUGUCCAAAGACCUACAAAAUUAGACAAGAAGGUAGUACGAGAACUAAAAGCUUUGGCCGAUCCUGAAGAUCCAUAUGAUACUGUUACCGGCAAAACAAUGUGUACCAAUGAUUUCUAUGAAGGUCAAGGAAGAAUGGAUGGCGCAUUUUGUGAUUUUUCCGAAAAUGAUAAACAAGAAUAUUUCCAACAGCUACAACAAGCGGGUAUUGUUAAUUUGGAAAUGGAAAGCACAGUUUUUGCUGCUCUGACUCACCACGCUGGAAUAAAAGCUGCAGUAGUUUGUGUCACAAUAUUAGAUCGGCUGAAAAGUGACCAGGUUUUGGCUCCAAAAGAAGUCCUAAUUGAAUGGCAGAAUCGUCCACAAACUUUGGUGGCGAGAUACAUAAGAAGAUAUUUAUCAACGAGAGGAAGGUUACUAUCAGAUGGGCAUGGAUCAGUGGCAGUAAAGAGUCCCAGAAGAUUCAAAUUGGUUCAACAGGAAAGUGAGACCUAUGAUUAA